AUGUCUGCGGGGCCAUCGGCCUCCCGCGGGCUCCUGCAGCUGCUGCUGCCGCUCCUGCUGCUGCCGCAGGUGGCGCUGGGAUUCGCGGACGGCAGCUGCGACCCCUCCGACCAGUGCCCUCCCCAGGCCCGUUGGAGCAGCCUGUGGCACGUGGGGCUUAUCCUGCUGGCCGCCCUUUUGCUGCUGUUGUGUGGGGUCACGGCCAGCUGUGUCCGGUUCUGCUGCCUCCGGAAGCGGGCACACACCCAGCCACACCUGCCAUCGGCACCUCAGCUUUGCGACUUGACCAUCGUCCCUGUGGACAGUGACAGCCCUGCACACAGCACUGUGACCUCCUGCAGCUCCGUGCAGCACCUGGCCGGCAUGCGGCUGCCCCUGCCCUUUGUGGGGCUGGACCUUGACUCCGUGACCCCUCCUGCCUACAGCCUCUGCGCCCCUGAGCUGCCGCCCUCCUAUGACGAGGCUGUCAAGAUGGCCAAACCCAGACAGAAAGAGCCACCCCCCUCUCAAUAGUCUAGUCCCCUUGUGGGGCCUCAGGCUUAGAGACCCCUCCUGGACCCAUCGCUGCCAGCUGCAGCCCCGGUGCCCCUCGGAGGGGGUGCAUAGGCUCUCCUAAGCUCCCGAGGCCACCGGCCACCUCGUUCGUGCUCACAGACUCCCCAGUCCACCCUCACCAUCCUUCCCCCUGGGAAGACCAGACGUCCAGCACAUUGCUGCAGCCCUGGCCUCGUUGCUAUGUAACGCCAGGCAGCCCAACCGGCAGGCCCUGU